AUGUCCGCCGACUCUUUAGUCCCCGAGACCCGGGUCCUUGCCGUUGCAAGCCAUGUAAGUCGUUUUUGCCAAAUGCGUUAUGUCGGAAACAAAAUGGCAACGCUGGUCAUGCAGCUACUAGGUUGCGAUGUUGCCGCGUUGAAUACCGUCCAUUUCAGUGAGUCAUUGCAACCAUACCGGCUACAGGCAAUUCAAGGGCACCAGGCAACCGCCGAGCAGAUUACUGAACUCUAUGAGGGCCUAUGCCAGAGCCAUCUAACCGACUUUGACGUCAUGCUGUCCGGCUAUGCGCCCAGCGCCGCAGCCGUCGAGGCUGUAGGGGCCAUCGGCAUGGACCUGCAGCGCAAGGCUGAAAAGAACCCUGGCUCGUUCUUCUGGGUCUUGGACCCGGUAAUGGGCGACCAGGGCCGCUUAUACGUGAGCAAUGACGUGGUACCGGCCUACAAGAGGAUCAUCCACCACGCGGACCUGAUUCUCCCCAAUCAGUUCGAAGCCGAAACCCUAUCCGGAAUCAAAAUCACCUCCCUCAGCACGCUAGCAGAAGCCAUCACCGCCAUCCACGCCACCUACAACGUCCCCCACAUAAUCAUCACUUCCGUCGACCUGUCCAGGUUCACCCAAUCCCCCUCAUCGCAGACCACCCCAUCAGACAGCCUGACCGUCAUCGGCUCAACGACCCGCGCAGACGGCUCCCCACGUCUCUUCCGCAUCGACGUCCCAGCCCUGGACUGCUACUUCAGCGGCACAGGCGACAUGUUCGCCGCGCUGAUCGUCGCCCGACUCCGGGAGGCUGUCUUCGCCGCGGACCCCCAGCUCCGCACGACAAAGUCCUGGGUGUCCCCCGAUGAUGUCAAGGCUACGGAUCUCCCUCUUGCGCGAGCGACCAUCCAGGUUCUGGCGAGCAUGCACAACGUGCUCGAGAAGACGAUGGAGGCGCGCGAUGCGGAGCUCCGGGCGGCUGAUACCCGGGGCGAUGAGACGCUUAGUGAAGAGGAGAGGCUGAAGCGGGAGCAUCUGCGCAAGAGUAAAGCGGCGGAGGUGAGAUUGGUGAGGAAUGUGCAGUACCUGCGUGAACCCACGAUGGUGUUCCAGGCGCAGGAGUGGAGGAAGGAAGAUUUACCGGCGGGGAGCCAAUAG